AUGUCUGGAAAUGAACCCCUAGCAAGCAAGAUCCCAAACCAAGCUAACUACCCCUUGUCUGACAACAAUGAACCCAGAACCACAGCCAAUUCUAAUCCCAAUGAAGGUAAUAAGUCUACUGCCCCUGCUGAUAACACUUCGCCACCCAACAAUAUAGCACCAAUAAAUCCUAGUGCUAAUAACCCAAUUUUUCACAACAAUAAACCCACUACCACAUCCAAUACUAAGCCUAACCAAGCUAUUACUGUGAAGCCUAAUAGCAAGACACCUCCAACUUGCCCAAAGACUAAACCUAAGGCAAAGGCCAUCUCAAAGCCAAAACCCAAUAGAGAUAAAGAUCUAGACAACGCUUUGGACCCAGGAGCAGAGUCUGAUGGGACCAACUCCUGGCACUCUGAGGAGUUAAAGACUCCUCCCCCUUCAGAAGAUGAAUUUUCAGAAGAAGAGUCUGAUGAUGUUUUCUCAGUAUUUAGAAAUGGAAUUCGAUUUGGUGAUUUGAAACUUAAGGUGGCCUCGGAAUGA